GGAUUAAGUACCACACAAAGUGUUCUAUUUUGGGAUUAAGUCAAACUAUGCCUUUCAUGGUUCAAUUGGUGUGACACUCUACAUUCCUUUUUUGCCUAGGGCCAUUGAUGAGUCAACUGGUCUUGGACUCUUGAAUUUGAUUUCUUGAGCUAGCUUAAUACGCCACGCUUUCAUGGUUCAUAUUUAUACUGGAAAUCGAAAUCAAACAAGCUUUUACCAGCCUCGUUUUCCACAUGAGAUUUUAUGUUCACGUUGAUCUCAUCUUAGUACGCCUACGGCAUAUUUUGAUUAACUUGGAGAGCAUAUCGUCCCCCCUAUCGAUUCAUAUCAACAGAAUUAUACUAUGUUUGACAAAGGGUGUGUGCUUUCUGACUUAAAAAGAAUUCCUUAGUAGCAGAUGCUAUUAUCCAUUCAGGAUAUAUGAUGUUUACGGUAUAAUUUUUCUGUUCAAUGUUGUAAUCUGUAGAUUCUUCACUACAAGUUACUAAAAGUAGAAUUAGAUGCCUCUUACACUUCAUAAAUAUUGCAUUAGAUGCCAUAUAGAGCUGUGGAAAAAGAGAAUAAAUCUUUAAUUGAACCCCACAAACAAGAUGCCAUAGAACUGUUUAUCAUAUACUAAACAAGAGAGAUUGAAAAAUAGGUACCAGUUGACUCACAUGUUAAAAAUGUUCUAACAUUCUAGCUAAGUUAAGACCGAGAAAAAUGAAUUCUUUCCCGAAAUAACAUUCUGUGAAACAUAAAGUAUUCAUACAGUAUUAUACUGUAUGUUUAUGAACAUUUUUGUGUGUUUUAAACGAUUCUCUUACAGUUAACAUCUGCUGGAAAGUAUCAAUCAACAGUAAGGAGAAAAGGGAAAUAGUUCAAUCUUUUAACCAAAAGGAAAGUAAAAUGUUUAACAAAUGUCAAAUCUGUUAAAGAUUGAUGUCAUUGCCCGUAUUUAAUCCAUUUCUCUUCACACUCCUUUUAGUGGAAUGAACAGUCCUAAAACAGACUUUAAAUAUCUGCCUUUUGUCUCAGUUUCUUAAAAAAACACAGGGUAAUUCACUAAGAUGAAGAGCUAUGCGGAAUGGUAUCCUAUCAUUAUUAUGUUGGUGAUUGAUUUUGCUUUUGCGAUUAGUAAUAUACUUAUCAAGAAGAUCAUCAUGGAUGGUAUGAACCAUCUAGUGUUCAUCACUUAUCGACAGUCCAUUUCAACCGUGUUUUUAGCCCCAAUCGCCUUCUUUCUUGAAAGGAAUACAAGACCAAAACUCACACCUCAAAUCUUGUGCUAUCUUUUCUUGAGUGCAAUUGUUGGGGCAUCUCUUACACAAUACUUAUUCCUUCUUGGCAUACAAUACACUUCUGCAACAUUUGCAUGUGCAUUUGUCAACAUGGUUCCAGUAGUAACAUUCCUCAUGGCAUUACCUUUCAGAUUAGAGACAAUUAACAUAAAAGAUAGAAGUGGAAUAGCCAAAGUGAUUGGUACAUCAAUAUGCCUUGGAGGUGCCUUCUUACUGACUUUCUACAAAGGCAUACCUUUAAUCCAUUUUUCACACUUACAAGAUUUAUCUCAAACUUUGGAAGAACCUAUCAGUUCCUCUAAAAAAAAUAAACAAUGGAUUUUUGGCUCGAUGAUCCUAUUCGCCGGAACAAUUUUGUGGUCCUCGUGGUUCCUUAUUCAAUCGAAGAUUGGGAAGAAAUAUCCAUGUCAGUACUCGAGCACGGUUAUUAUGACCUUCUUCAGUGCCAUACAAUCAGCUAUCUUAACGUUGUCCACUGAUAGAAGGCUUUCCAUUUGGAUUCCAAAGGAAAAGACCAUCGACAUUUUGAGUGUCGUCUAUACGGGGUUGAUAGGUUCAGGAUUAUGCUACGUUGGGAUGUCGUGGUGUGUUAAGCAGAGGGGACCGGUCUUUACUGCAGCAUUUAGUCCUUUAGUACAAGUUAUGGCAGCCAUGUUAGACGUUCCACUUCUACAUGAACAACUCAACCUCGGAAGUGUGAUGGGAUCAGUUAUUGUAAUCAUCGGACUAUACUUUCUACUAUGGGGCAAGACCAAAGAAAUACAGAAAGUUGAAGAAACUGGAGAGGAAAAGGACAAGGAGUUAAAUUUCCAAGUGCAUGAAGCUAAUGAUGAACCAGAGAUUCCUUGAUAUCAGUAUUUCAAUGUUUUAUUGUAACUAUGAACUACUUUUGUUAUGCAACUUUUGUUCUUUAAGAACUAACUUUUAGAACUGUUUAAACUGUCAAUUGCAACGCUCAAGAAUCAAAGUCUAUACCUUAAUUGGAUGGACAUAAGAGAUUCUUGCACAGAAGAAAGAUCAUUAGUAGCAAGUUGUAAUUAUCAUUUUGAAAAUACAUGUAUAAUAUUCUGCAUUUUUUUAUA